AGUACUGUUUUAAUCCGGAUGGUUUACAACGACUUAUUUUAAUUGAUAUUAAAUCAUUCUGUUUAAAAUUAAUGUACAAACAAGCCGCUUUUUAAAAUAAUAUUUUCGGUAUAUAAAAAGAAAUAUUUUUUUAGAUAUAUGUAAAACAAUAUAACAAUGGAGAAAGCAUUGAUUAUCACUUUAGUUCUGUGCAUGGCACUGAUCUUUGUUGUUGAAGCAGCUCCACAAAUGGGAAUGGCAGGUGCAGGAGCUAAUGGGGCUGCUGAUGCAGCAGCCGCUGCGCAAGCUGGAGCGAAUGCUGGUGUUAAUUUUGGAGCCACUGCUGGAUUGGGGGCAGCUGCGAACUUUGGGGCUCGUGUAGCCGAAGCGAUUAGGGGAAUGAUGGGAAUGGGAAAGAAGUGAAUAAAAAUUGAAAAUUAAUGUGUUUUUUGAAAUAAAAUGUGCUAAAUUGAUUAUUAAAGUGUUUAUGUAAAUGUGCUUAUGUAAGAAUGUAUGCUUCAAAGCGUUUAUGUAAAAACACUCUUGUGGAAUACAAUACUAUCUCUUUGAAA